UAGGUAUAGUAUAAGUGCACAUAAUGGAAACAAGAACCUUAGCUUCACGUGGCAUGGCUGUGACCCCUCAUCAUUUGGCGACUCAAAGUGCUAUAAGAAUUUUAAUGGAAGGUGGAACGGCUAUGGAAGCGAUGGUGGCUGCGGCGGCGACCAUUGCCGUCGUGUAUCCACAUAUGAACAGCAUUGGCGGUGACGGAUUCUGGCUUAUAGUCCCUCCCUGUGGAGAAUGUGUCGCAAUAGAGGCUUGCGGACCAGCCGGCAGUUUGGCUAACCACCAAUUCUUCGAAGGUUACAGUAAGAUUCCGUUUAAAGGCCCAAAAUCAGCAAUCACGGUCGCUGGAACUAUCGGUGGGUGGGAAGAAGCCUUAAAAUAUGUAUCCGAAAGUGGCUAUUCAAGGAUGUCUUUGUCUAAAUUACUUGCAGAUGCAAUCACGUACGCAGAAGAUGGGUUUCCUGUAUCGUCCUCGCAAAUACAAGCACUGCAGUCAUUCGGUUUUGAUGAAAACAAUUCUCAAGAAUUCAGGGACAUUUUUCUACCAAACGGAACAAUACCUACAGAAGGCGAAGUAUUUUGUCAAAGUGAUUUGGCGAAAACUUUGAAAGAUCUUUCACGAAAUGGCUUAAAUAGCUUCUAUCGAGGUGAAUUAGCGAAAUCUAUUGCCAAACAAAUGAAGCUAGUUGGUAUGCCUAUCACUGAAUCAGAUCUUGCAAGAUAUUCAGCAAUUAGGCGGACUCCACUUAAGUUGACUCACUCUCAAGGUGAACUUAUCAAUCUUCCGCCACCAACUCAAGGUGCAGUUUCGUUAUCUAUUCUCGGAAUGUUAGAUAAGCUGGGUAUCGACGGUCAACAUGAAGGUCAGUUCAUUCAUGCAACAGUAGAAGCAACAAAACAGGCUUUUGGUUUACGUGACCGGUAUAUCACAGACCCUCGUUACAUGACAGUCGAUGCCCAAUCGUUGUUAGCGUCUUCAGAAAUUACAAAAAUGGCUAGUCAAAUUAAUCUCAAUGAAGCUUCCCCAAGUGAGAAGGGAUUAGGCCAAAGUGAUACCAUUUGGAUGGGAGUAAUGGACAGUAAGGGAUAUUCAGUUUCAUUUAUUCAGAGCACUUACCAACAUUUUGGGAGCGGUAUUGUGAUACCUGGAACGGGAAUCGUGUGGCACAACCGGGGUAUUUCUUUCACGUUAAAGAGAAAUCACUUAAGGUCUUUAGUACCUGGUAAAAAACCAUUCCACACUUUGAAUCCUGCUGCUGCGAUAUUGAACGACGGUAGGGUUAUGAUAUACGGUACCAGAGGUGGUGACGGGCAGCCGCAAACCCAAGCCGCUAUCUUCCACAGAUACGUAAUCCAAUGUCUAAAUUUACAGAAAUCCGUUUCUGAUCCCAGAUGGGUGUACGGAUCAACUGUGGAAAGAAAUUUGAAUACCUUUUUAAAUCUGGAGAGUCGGUUUAGUAAUGAAACUAUUGAAUAUCUUAAAAAGCGAGGUCAUAAAGUUGUUAUUUUAGAACCCUUUUCGGAAAACGUGGGCCAUGCUGGAGCACUAGUGAGAUAUCCUGGUGGUAUUCUUGAAGGUGCAUAUGAUCCACGAAGUAAUGGGAAUGCGGUUGGUUUUUAACUUAGUGUCUAUUUAUGGUAAGCGUCCACAGAUCCGCAUCGUACGCAUAAGACAGAUUUUAGUAUUCUUUGUAUUGAAAGUCACACAAGUGCGUCUACUGAUCCGCAUCGUACGUAUAAUGACCAGUGAAAACCAGUUCAAUAAGCAGGUUUUUCAACCAGAGUGGAAUAGGAUUUUGUGAGAUAGGCUAAUGCGUUGUAGCCAUGAUUACGUUACCAUUAUUUGAUGUGUAUAGUUAACGACAACUCUAAUAAUAAUUUACAUCGGUAUAGGUACUCAAUUUAUAAUUAUUUAUUACUAGAUAUGAUAAUUAAUAAUUCUUUGAUAUUGUGUUUCCUACAUUCAACUUUUAUUUUUCUUAUCAGAAUUUAAUGACCAGUGAGUUUACUUUUCAGAAAGGAAUAGGGUAUUUUUGUACUAUGAUAUAGCCUAUAACCAUCUUGGCAAUUAUAUAUUUAUUUAUUUUUUAAAUUUUUGCCAUAUCUUUUAAAUAUGACCAAUGUUCUCCUUCCCUCUAACUAUAUAGUUGGAAAAUACUAAGUUAGUGGGUACGACAAUGCUCCAGCGGGCGAGGAUCGAACUGCGACCCCUCGAUGAUGAGUCCGGCCGCUUCAGUGUUGAGUUAUCGAUGCUACAUUUAACAUGUACCCCAUGUAAUGAUGAAUAUAAAAGAAUUAUUUUUAAAUGGUUGUAAAAACUUGGUUUCUCAUUGUAAUUUAAAUUUAUUUAAACCAUACGUUUUUUCUAG